AAAUAAAGAACUUCGUUAAUAAAUUAAAAAUUUAUUUAAUUUAAAUUGAAAAAAAUGAAAGAUAUGAUUUCUAAAUAUUAUAAAUAUUAGAAAUUACUCAAUAAUAAAAUUGCAAAAUUCAAAUUUUUUAUUUUAUAAUUUAAUGUAAUUACUUUUAUAAUAUGAAUUAUAUAACAAACAAAUAUAUAAAAGAAUAAUAAAAUCUUAAUUAUGGAUAUUAAAAACAUUUAAUAUAGUAUUUUAUGAGUAUAGAUACAAGUUCAUUCAAUAGAUAUAUACUUAUAUAUAACAUAUAAGUUACUAAUAAUUAUUGACUUUAUUGAUAUAAAUUUGAAAUUGUAACAUUUAUAUUAAAUAUAUUUCAUAUUUACAUAAUAAUGACAGUUAGUAGUCAGGAAGGAUUUAAAUAUAUCAUACAAAAACAAGAACAACAAAAAAUAUGUUUUGGAUCAGGAUGUCCUCGAGAUAUAUUUUCAAAAAAAUAUAUGAAUCCAUUUAUGAGAUAUCAUACAUUAGAAGAUUAUCCAAAUAUAGCACCAAAUUCAUAUAAUGUCCUAGAAUCAUUUAAAGCAAUUAAAACGAAACCUUGUUCUCAUAGUAUUAGUAAAAAAGGUUACAGCGGAAUUGCUAGAUUUAGUAAAAAAAUUAUGUUUAAAGAUAGUUAUCCAUCACCAUCACAUUAUGAUACUUAUGUAUUUCCUAAAUUAAUACAUAAAUCCAAGUAUCCAUUUGACUCUAAUAGUAAAAGACAAACAUUUUUUAGUAAUACAAUGCCAGGUCCAGGAAUGUAUGCUAAUAUGAAAAAAAAAGUUAACAUGGUACAGCAUAGUUUUGGAGGUAAAGUCAAAAUGAAACUUGGAGUGGAGCUUAAAUGUUGUAAUCGAAAUACAGACUCUUGCAAAAUAUGUGGAAAAAAACCAAUUGGUGAUUAUUGGCAUUUUAAAAAUGAAAUAUUUUUAUGUAGAUCAUGUAUGGAUAAAGAAUAUGAAAAAGAAAUAAAAUUCAAAAGAAAGGAAUUAAAAAAAUUUCAUAAAAUACGUGAUUGUUCGAUUAUGCAUCAACAUGAAACUACAACUGCAAAAAUAUGGUUGAUACAUCCUGCAAGAGCUGAACAAUGGAUACGUAAAGAAGCUUAUCUUUCUAUUUAUUUCAAUGAAUAGAUUGAUAUAUAUUAUAUAAUUAUAUAAUUUUUAUAAUUAUAAUUAUAUAAUAAUAAAAUAUUACAAAUAAAAUAUUAUUUUAAAAACUUAGCAAAA